ACGCGCUGCGAGACACAUCCAUUAGUCUGUCGUGCACACAUCACAUCACAUCACGACACAACACCGGUCUUAGUUUUGUAAAAUCACUAAACUCUGUUCGAAAACAGUCGAACGUCUAACGAAAGUGACGGUUGAGCUCGGGACACGCACGGGUUUCGGUGACAUCCCCGUAACAAAGUACCGAAGUGGGUGGCAGGAAUAGGGAAAAGGCAACGAAAAAAAAGAUUGAAAGUGUAAGAAGUGCAAUCAAAUCAAAAGGGGAGAAAGGAAAAGCCCAAAACAUGCCCAUCUACUAGUGCUAGUGAUUAGUGCGAGCAAUGCGAGAGCGCAAAAUAUCUCGGAAGAAAGUGCUGUAUCAUAAAACAUAAAGUAAGCUCAAGCAAACAGGCGAUACAAAAAAAACGAAAACUCCUCCGCGAGGCGACGCCGAGGUUGUGCAUUGAAAGAAAAGUUCCUUUUAUUACAUUAAAACAGCCGACAGCAAACAAGCGUCAAGUGCAUUGGCCUGCCAACGCUUCUGGGCACAACCGCGGACGGACCACAACAGCAGCAGUAGCAGUGCAGAGCGGAGAACUCGGAGAUUUUUAUUAGAGCUAUAAUUUAGAGUUUCCUGCCGCGAUCCCCUUGCGGGUGAAAGAGAAUGGCGAUAGAUGUCGCCAAAAGAUGCUGGUAUCCGGUGUUGGCCUUGGUACUGAACCUGUCCUACCUUCACGCUGGCGAACGAUGGUCACGCCAGCUCACGGAGUUCGGUGGCGUACCAGGCAACGAUUGGAUCCCCGUAGCUCAACCUUGCCCCAACUGUCGACCAGGAGAUCGACAAGCCGGUGCCAAGGUGCUUAACUAUUUCGAUAACACUGGCUUUCUAGGCAACGACAAUAGUGCCCAACCGCAACAUCACCAUUUCACCUACGUAAAUCAGCAGUUUCCGGGACAGUCCAGCCGGUUGUCAUUUCCUCCGCCUCCGGUAGCCCAACCGCUGCAGCAGGAUUUUGAGUCUGCCUUCAACCAACCGUUUGGAAAUCAUCAAUCGUUUCUUCAACAGUCUCCAUUUGGAACGAUACAAUCCAUCCAGAGGCAUCCAGUUCCACCGUACAGUCCACCAUCGCCAGUGAAGGACACACUAGUCCAGGAGAAGCCGUCCAUUGUAGAACAACAAUCGCAGUUCCCUUUCCCACUAGCACAACAAACGCAACGAGGCCAAAACCCGCCUGGUGGUGGAAUCUCGCAGGAAGAAGUACAACUACUUUACGUUCCGGUGGAAACUUUGUACAACCAGAAGCCCGGAUCCGCAGAAGGAGGUAGAUUCAACGCCUUUCCCCAACCUGUCAGUGCAUCGAUCAUCAAUGAUUUCUAUACAGCCGCUACGACAACGUCCAAACCACGAACAACCAACACUCCUUUCACCACUAAAACCACAACGACUGCUCCUCUCGUCACUAAACCCAAACCAAACCAGCCUCCACUAGCAAUGUUCAUGUACAACGACGAGAAGCAGUCCAAAAUCACAAUCUCCGAUGCUUUAGGUAAUCUGAAAAACGUAAACCAAAUUGCGGUGAUAGACAAUCUGAGCAAAAAUCUUCCCAAAGUGUUCAUCGGUCCCUCAGGUCUGGCACCUCCUAAGGGAUACUCCAAAUUCGAACUCCCGUACCUGUCCAGUAUCGAUCAAAGUCGGUUCGAACGAAAACUGAACGACCUGCCCUUCUUCGUGGCCCCACUGAGUUACAAAACUCCCAACGGAUUCUCAAAAAUUCCACUGCCAGCUCCUCACGUAGGAUCCGUGAUUGUACAGCAAGCCACAAGCAGUCCAGCGAGCAAUUAUUACCGCCAACCAGAAAACAUAGAAUACUAUCAACCAUCGACCCUGAAGUUCUCGGAAGCCACCACAAAACCUCCGAUCACACUACCUUCCAGCAAACCUCAGUACGACUCGGAUCAUUACACGUCGCCAACCAAUAAACCUACCACCGACAGAAUCAACUAUAGUCGAGCGAACACCCAAACUCCCCAGGAAACCUACCGACAACCACAAAGUGACCGAGCGCUCUAUACCCACUCACCGUUCAACAACGUUAACAAUCAACCCAAUCGUCACAUCGUCAACGAAGAGUACUUCAACUUAGCCAAGACCAAAAAACCGACCACUCAAAGUCCGACACCCAGUUACACCCCGAAAACAUACAAGCCAUUCGAAUUCAAACCCAUCCCUGACCUGAAGAUUCCCCUCUUCGGCAACGUAGAUGAGCAGCCACCAACCUACCCCACUCCGAAGGCGGCUACAACAACCGAGAAACCUUACAGUUCCCGUCAGGAAGAAAACCGCGUAAAAUCGAACUUCAAAGAGGAAAAUUUCCGCGGCCGUCGACCCUAUGUUGCACCGACCACAACCCAACAGUACGAGGAAGACGAAGAAAGCACUGAAUCGGUCGGAGCUAAUCGCGAGGAGGAACACUUUGUGCACAAAUUCAGACUUGUAGACUCGGUUCGUCCGCAAACCACACAGCCACCGAAGUCCGUAGUAGACAAUGGAUUCUUGGAUUUCUUCAACCAGGAACCUCAUGACAUGCUGAAAACCAUUGUCGGUACCAAUGUCCCUAGCGGAGGACAUCAGAUCAUUCGAAAUAAUUACUUCACCCCGAACAACAAUGAAGAGCAACCGAAGCAAAAGUUCGUUAGCACGUACUACGUUCCGACAACGACUCAGUCAAGUUCGAGAACAACACCCACCACAACUGCACCUCCAAAAACAACCCUCGACAACUUCUUUAAAGAUUUCGAAGAGAAGAGUAAACUGUACGCCUCCGAUCGUCCACGGUUUACGCAAAAACAGACCCAACCCGAGGACCUGACCUACAGCACGGAUCCGUUCCGGUACAACGACAAUUCUUACAUCAACAAGUACCGAUAUGAGACGAAUACAAACGGUGAAACGCACUAUCCGGUAGAGGUAGUAACCACCCAAGAUCCAAUUCGGUACGAUACGACUAGUGAAGCUACUUUUGAAACCACCCCUGCAUCUAAUAAGUCCUAUAGCAUUCCAUCGGAACUACCACCCAUCAGCGCCAACCUUCCCGGGUUAGUAAACUCACUCAUGGAAGACGAAUGGUCUCCCCAGAAGAACAACGAACAACAAACGAACACUGCAGCCCCGACAGGUCCAACCACAAGGAAGAGCCACUUCAGAAAAACAAACUACCGAACCACAACACCGUCAACGGUGACACAAGAGCCUUACUAUACAGAAGUCACCACACGACGCAGUCGUGGAAGACGUCCAACAAGCAGCACUACUCACAGCGAUUCCGCCACUCCAACGCGCUCUACAACCAUCAACCGAAGCCGCUCGCGGUACGUCCCGUCCAGUGAAGAGCGAACAGCUUCGCGGGGAAGGACUCGAACUCGUGUACAAAGCAACUCUCGUGGCGCAAAGGAAGAAGAAAACCUCGACUAUCAGCGAGAUGUUCUCAAACAGAACUAUCCGGUGAUUCGAACUUCUUCGCAAACUACAACAACCACAACUACUGCUGCCCCACCACCAACAACGAGUACCACAACGACCCAUGCAACGACCAUGCCGCUUACCUAUCAGCAAAUUUACGAAGAACAAACCGAGCGUCUGAAUCUUUACCCUAUGACCCAAACGGAGCACAUUCCAGAAGUUCCGCUCGUCGAGGAAGUAUCCAUCCCCAGAAAGGAAUCGUCCGUAUUCACUGAAAACUACGAAGCUGAAGUAACGAGUCCGUUCGUUCCAACCACCAUUCGCCAAAAUGGACGCGAACGCGAACAACACCUCCAACAGGACGAAGAAUCGAUACGGGUACUACCGGUCAAUCAUCAACCGGCUGAGCUGCAUCGUGAUGUGCCAGUGAAAUCCGUUGAAAUCCAACGAGAUCAGCAUUCCGUCUACAGUACCAGACGACAACCACCUGCGCGACAAGAAGAACCAGCGACCACCACCCACGUAUACCAGGAAGAUGAGCAGGACUUCCGCAAAGUGGAAAUUACCCCAAGGCCACGAAGACCACUGUCGCGACAGCCCGUUUACUCACCAAGGACAACUACAGAGCGAGUGACCACAGAACGUACGACAACUGAAUCGCCGCGUGGAUCGUCACAGCGCCGGCCACCAUUCAUUAGGCGUCCUGGACGUCCCACGUACACGACAACCACUGUUCCGACGACGACGUACUCGAGCCGAGGAUUUUCUGGCGAUGAUGAACAGCCCACGCAAGGAACGUUUACCGUGCGUCCGAAAACUCGCCAGGAUAUCCUCCGCAAUCGAACACGCCGCCCUGUGACGACUACCGCGGCGCCAACCACAACCGCUUCUCCAGAGCCUUCGGUCACUAGAGGGUUCGCGAGAACUAAGGAACUUCGAAGGGGGUCUCCCACUAUUCGAUCAAGACAAGAACAACAACAAUCAGAAAAACAGACCGAAACGCAGACCCAAACGCCAAGAUUCCGCAUACGGGAGCGAACUCGCUUCAGUCUGCAACCUCAGGAGAGUCAAUGGUCCACAAAACUAGCGCACAGCACGUUUCAGCCAGUUCAGAGUGUAGAAUUUAGAAGCAAGAACUACAAUGGAGAAUACCACUCGAUCGAGCCGGAGCCGGAAAUCGUUACCGCUAGCCCCUAUCGGCAAGCGGAGGAGGACGUACAGUACGUUAACGUUUCUGCCAAUCUAGCAGGAGCACCAACUGCCCCGUCCGGGGUAAUAACGAACGAAGUUGCACUAAGCCAACUGCCACCGCAGGCCGAGGAAAACGUUGACGAUAGCAAUGUGCCCUCAUUUGCCGAACUUCUCAACGAUGUGAUGAAGGAAUACAUCGACGACCGUCAGGAACCGGAAACGGAAACUAAACUCGUCGAAAACGAAGUCGUAAUCAGCGAUGACAAGCCACAAGCGGUCACCGCAUCGCUGCGCAAACACAAUAACAACAACGGACAGGAGAAGAAGUCUAGCUAUCUACGAAAUGGGUUCAACUUCCGGAAACGAAGCCGCGCACAUUCGGUGGAAUCGUUCGAAACGGCUGAAUCGCAGCACAUUAACAGUCACGCAUUCAAUUCUGCUGGUUUCAACUCGUUGAAGAAUGUCGAGAAAGCUGAACUCAGAGGAAGGAACAUCGAAGAUGAGAGCAAGGGAAGCAAUUCGGCGAUAACACUAGAUAGUACUGCGGAUCAUUCACAGACUGUUGUAGAACAAACACUUCCAGAAACUACCGUUGCAUCACAACCAGAGACUACAACCCUAGCGAUUGCAGAAACUACACCCGUCAUAGAAACUACGUCUAUUCUUCCGACAGAAAGGGAAGCCACUACUCCACCUCCAGCCAUAGACAGUCAAUUUGCCGAAGAAGAGCAAGUAUCUACUGAGCAAUUCUACAACGAAGAAGCUGAACCAGCCCAAGAAGUUCCAACACCAAUCAGCAAAGACGCAACCAAUCAAGGCAUCUUCGCGGAUGUAAAGAAACAGCUGUCAGAUCUAUUUGCAAUGGCCGAAAGUGACCUAGAAACAGAGGAACUCGAUGACGAUGACCGACUUUCUCCUUUGAUGAUGGGCUACCAUGGGGCGGAACGUGUGACCACCACAAGUACAGUCGAACCAGAUGUGGUCACAUCCACCACGACGGAGCUGGUUCCAAGUCAGGACGCAAGUAGCGUGGAUACGACGGAAACCUCUCCAGCAAUUCAAGUUGCCACGGGCCCAGUGCCCAUUCCCACAUCUACGUCCAACGGGAUCACACACGAAACCGAAAUCUGCUACCGAGGGCGUUGCAUCAAGACGGACGAGAAAAAGCCUAAAAAGAGCAAAUUUAAACCAAACUAGUGGGUAGCAUUGUUUAGUAGGCUUACACCGAAGACCCCAGGCUAUCUCAAGGCACGUCACAUUGUAAAGAUUUGUCCAGGCGAGCUUGCUUUGCCCCACCCACCCCUGGGAAUAAAUUAUAUGCCAUCGAACGAGAGAGAUUCCGUGUUCGCUGUAAAUGGCCUUGAGGUAAACGGUCUUCAUCCAUUACUCUCUGUCUUUUAGUAGGUAGUGUUCUUUUUUGUAAAGAGAAACGUGACGACUUAUUUAUUUGUAAUAUAUAAGUGUAGAGGUUAACAAAUAGAACGAUGGAAA